CGUCACCUGUCAAAACAACGUCAAACGACCACAACCUGUUUUAGAACAGCGAUAUUUUAGAAAAACCAGUCAUUAAAAAACAACCAUGACUGAAAAAAAACCAAACCCUUUGGACCUCAACAGCUCCAAUUUCAACCCUAACAUGUACUUGGACAAACUAUUCAAAGAAUCAAACCUAAAACAAAUAAUGGACCACGAAAGCGAAAUCGUGAAAGACACCCAAACCCUACAUUCCGACAUGCAAACCCUAGUAUAUGAAAACUACAACAAAUUUAUAUCUGCUACAGACACUAUAAAAAAAAUGAAAGUCGACUUUAAAAAAAUGGAAACUGAAAUGGAUCUGUUGGCGUCAAACAUGGCUUCAAUCACGUCGUUCUCAGACCAGAUUAACUCGACCCUGCGGGGGACUAGAACCCAAAUCAACAAACUAUCAGGCGUGCACACCCUCUUGCAGCGGCUGCAAUUCCUGUUUAAACUACCAACAAGCUUGAAGUCUCGAAUGGAAGAAAAAAGCUACAUUGAAGCCGUCCACGACUAUCUGCACGCCCAGCGCGUGUUAGAACAAUACGGGAAUUUACCCUCCUUGCAGGGGAUCAAAUCAGACUGUGAAACCAUUUUAGUGGAAUUAAAAAAAGAGCUGCGCAAACAUUUCAGCGACCCGCAGGCGUCAGCCAAAGAGUUGACAGAGUCAGUGGAUUUACUACUCCAGUUGAACGAGCCAGCGAGCGAACUAUGCUCGGAAUUUUUAGUUUGUGCCGAAAAACGCCUAAGCGACCAGUUAGUCCUUCUGAAAGACCAGAGUGAGCAGCGGGAUAUCACGGAAUUUAUUGAUCUAGGCUGUUCCGGAUUUUUAAGCGACCUUUGUCUAGUUGUAGCGUCUUUUGAUGACAUGUUUAUCAACAGAAACACGAACGAGAAUAUCGAAAACAGCGACAUUUUUGAGAAUUUCGCCGCCACGGAGUUGAACAAUUUUGUUAAACAAAAUAUGCAGAAGUAUUUUGAGUUGGUACAAAGUAAGGUUGAUCUGGAGCAGGAUGUAGGGGAUACGGGAAUUUUAGUACAGGCGCUGGAUAGGUUUUAUAGGAGAAUUGAAAGCAACACGUUGUGUAGAGACGUGGAUUUUUCAGCGGUGGCUACAGACAUCGUUAUAAACGCUGGACGCAAACAAUGCAAAGCACAUUUACAAAUUCUGAAAAUGCACUUCGCCGACUCCGUCACUAAAAUCCGGCAAAGUUUAACCACGCCGAAACUCGUGAGUCAGGAAGACUCCUCCAAAAACCUCAAUGAGCUCCUCAGCUCACUUAUAUUAUCAAUCGUGGAAAAAAUUAAAGGGGUUUUACAAGAUCUUGUGGUAUUCAUCCAACCUGAAAUUAAUUUCGCUCAAAAACCCCAAUUCAAAGAUAGUUUCUGUGUGGACAACGUCAGAGAAGGCCUCAUUGUUUGCUUCAUGCACCACCUAACGGCCACCGCUAGAAGCUACUGCGCAAAAGUGGCAUCCGAUUUAAAAAUCCCACCAACUUUGCUGCUUUUGUUGUCAAAGUUGUGUCUAGAUUUUCAGAGCGGGAGCGUCGGUUUUUUGCUUUCACAAACUGACGAGUUGUUUCAAAUAAAUCCGGCGCAAAGCGCUGGCUUGACUAAUGAAUAUGAGAUAAGUAUGACAAUGCAGGAGUCUGCGCAAGAAUUGCUGAACUAUUUUGUGAGGAUUCAAGGACUUAAUGUCUCACAAAUGUUAAGAAAAAGUGUUGAAACUAGAGAUUGGCUUCACACUAUUGAACCUAGGACUGUUAGAGCUGUAAUGAAACGUGUGGUUGAAGAUAUUUCCGCAAUUGAUGCGACCGUAGCGCUCCUAUACGAAGAUCAGGGAACUAAUACAGAACACAGUAGCGAUUCAAGUAGAAAAACGCACAGUAUUUCAGUAUCAAGACACCAAUACAGGUCAAACUGGUCUAGUUUAACCCCCAAUCACUUGGACUCCGCUCUAGUUUCAAACAUGCAUAAAUUAUUUAGUGAGCGCAUAGAAAUAUUUUCUACAGUAGAAUUCAACAAAAUUUCUAUUCUGACUGGGAUUAUUAAAAUUAGUCUGAAGACUUUUAUGGAAUGUGUGCGUCUGAAAACGUUCAGCAAAUAUGGGUUACAACAAAUACAAGUGGACACUCAUUAUUUACAACUAUAUCUCUGGCGAUUUGUGGCAGAUGAAAAUUUGGUCCAUUUUCUCCUGGAUGAAAUAUUAGGAUCAGCGGUACACAGGUGCCUGGAACCAAUUCUGAUGGAACCUAGUGUAGUAGACAUAAUUUGUGAAAGAGGAUAAAAUCAUAAAGUAUUUUGGCAUUUUUAAUAUAAACAUUGUGAUAUAAACAUUCCAUUUUUUUUUUAAGUAUGUUAAUAAAAAGUGCCACUGUC